AUGGAAAAACGUCUCGCCGAUCUUGAACAACGGUUACAAUCAUCCAUAUCCAACGUCUGGUGUCGAACUCUUCUAAAUCAAAUCAAUCAUCUAUCAUCAUCGCUCUCCAAUCUUACACCAAUCUAUCGAUCACGCUUAACUCGUGAACAACUAUUAGCAUCCAUAAAAACGAUCCAAGACUUGAAUCUGAACUCAACCAAUACCGAUGUAUAUCGUCGAGCACUAGCGAACUAUCUUCUUCUUCUAUCAAUCCAUACUCAUAAACUCGUUUGUGGAGUACUAUUGGAUCAUGUUCAUCAUUUGAAACAUCACUUAACCUAUUGGAAAAACGAUGAGUUGAAUCAAUUUCAAAUCGUUGAACAAUUGAAAACAACAUUUUGGUUUGAUCAACAACGAGAUGACAUUCGUAUAACAGAAAAGAUUAAAUACCUCAAUAGUCAACAAGAUUUGUUAGCUAAUCUUAUCGGUCGUUUAGCUUACACAAUAACGAAGAUAGAACAGCAAGAAAAGCUCGAUCUAAACGAAGUCAUGAGUGCAACAAAUGAACUUCAUAAAGUCAUUUUCGAUGAAGUCACAGUCGAGUAUAAUUCCCAAAGUGAUUUACUCGAUGUCAUUGAAGUUCAUUCUCAAAUACUAAAUUCAUUCGACGAGUUUCGCUCGAAACUAAUCGAGAAAAUUCAUCUCUACCGACGACCGACACAUCUAAAACGCUACCUCCCGUACUACAUCAGUUCUACUGCGAUAGGCAUGUUCAUCAUCUAUAAAGUCUAUACAAACAAAACCGGGAUAUACAAUUACAUUACAACGACAUACGAAUCCUUGAAAUUCUUUCUUAAUGAACAUCUAAUCGUUCCGUUAAAAACAAUCUAUACAUCAACAUUCGAAUCCCAUUCAUCGGAGAGUGCCUACGAAAAUUCGCAACUAAAUUACACGAAUUCGAAGAAAAUUUUGGAAGAAAUGUUAGAAGAAUACGGACGACAACAUGCCGGUACUUUAGCACAAGUGAAUAACAUAAGUGUAGAAGAAUUCUUAGCGACAUUGAAUGAACGUGCAAGAAACGAAGAUAUGAACGUCGUGAUGAAGAACUAUCAACAAGAACUCAAUUCUCCGAUUCGAUCCGCACUUCUCGGAGAUUUAAUCAAAGGUAUAUUGAUUCAAGUACAAAAAGUCAAAGUCGACGGCGAAGGUUUAAUCAUACAAAUUGAUCAACUGAUGAAACAAAACCAAAUCAAUUUCAGUUUGCUGGCAACGAUUCCCGCAAUACUGAUCAUUAGUUUUGUUUUCGUCGCAACGAAAAACAUCGUCAGUGAUCGAUUGAUCAAUCAACGAAAAUUCGAUCUCACCACCCUUCGAGAGCAAAUCAUUCGUAAACUUCGCGAAGUCGAACAUAUUCUGAUCAUGAACAGUGAAACGCCAGCAUUGACAGUCAAUGAACAUGAGCUAAUCGUUCCUGAGUACGAUCGUCAUGCGGCCGUUGACCAAAAACAAUUGAUGACAUACACUACAUUUGGCCAAUUUCUUAGUCUAAUUUAUGAAUUGAAAUAUUUUGCUAAACAAUUGAAGUCAAAACGAAUGCUGUCAAAAGAAUUCAAUGAUGAUAUUAAUCUAUUAACCUACACCCAAUUGUCUGCGAAUCAAAAACUUCUAAUCAUUCAACAAAUCCAUCACUCCUAUUCAUUUCUCGUGCAUUCAUCAUAG